AUGGACUACGACAUCUGUGCCAUGCCUACACCGAUGGAACAGAACGGAAUGGAAUUGUACGCCAUACUCUCCAUUGCGACGCUGUUGGCAAGCCAAUUAGUUAACGCCGAUGUCAGCCAUUUAUCCAGUAAUCAAUAUUUGCCGCCCAGCGCGCACAGCUAUUCCGGUGAAAAUGCAAUCGUGUCCUACCAGUCGCCAGCGCAGCAGCAUGAACAGCAGUACCAACAUCCACAGAAGAGUUUUCUGUCCAGUGGCAUUGAGAUAACCCGAUCGAUUCCCAUCGUUAGUUUUUCUUUGGGUAACGCAGCGCCCGAACAGCCUGUUUUGUCUAUUCCUCCGUCGGCGGAAGAACACAAUGAUGGCUCUUUUAAGUACGGUGCUCCAGGUGGCGCUCCUGCACCACUGAGUUAUGCCGUUCCAGCUUCAGCACGAACCUACUCGGCCCAGCCUCAGCAAUCUUAUUCAGCUCCACCAACGAUAUCCAAUCAAUAUCUUCCUCCAGCUUCAGCAUUAGCUGCACAGAGUUUUUCGGCUGCGGCUAUUCCGAUCGAGCAGAAUUACUCUGUUCCACCUUCAGCUGGGCCAUCCUAUUCUGUCAUUGCUCAGCAAACUUAUACGGCGCCAGAACCAGAGCCAGCGCCAGCCCCACAGCCACAGCUAUCCAGUGAAUAUCUUCCACCCGUUUCGGCGCCUUCUCCUCAAGCCUUCCAAGCUCCGGCUGUGUUAGCCGAAGAGGAGUAUUCUGCACCAGCACCGGCCGCUGCACAGCCCCAACCAGCACCUCGACAAACUUAUGUGGCGCCAGUACCAGCCCUGCAACCAUACAUUUCCAAUGCUUAUCUACCACCUUCUUCGGCGCCUGCUCCGCAGACGUACUCCGCCCCAGCCCCUACUCCAGUUCACAACACUGCUCAAGCUCCGGCUCCUAUAUCUCAGGUUUUUAGCGCGCCCGUUCAGCAGUCAUAUUCAGUCCCAGCUCAGCAGAGCUUUGUUGACGCACCUCAGGUUUCAAGUGGCUAUCUUCCACCUGCAGCAGCACCUGCACCCCCAACACAAACUUACUCAAUCGCUCAGGAGGUAGUCGAAAAUCAUUCCGAGCAUGAACAAAAAAGUAGCCAAUCAGGUGGCAAGGUCCUAACCCAAACAACUGUACAAAAUUCGUCGCAAAAUCAGCGAGAAAGCGCGCCAGUUACACAGCAUGUCGCAGAUCAAGCGCCGUUUUUGCCUCAGCAACAAUCGCACUCAGAGUAUCAAUCUAACGAAGUAUCAUCGCCUGUACAACAGACCCACGGUGCGCCAGCUCCUGAACCAGCACCAGCGCCAGUAGUUCAACAGUACUUGCCUCCAACUGUUGUUAACCAACAACACCAAGCACCUCUAGGAAAAGAAAACUCAGCGUCUGCAGCUCCUCAUCAAUCGGGUCCAGUUCAAAUCUCGAUCCAGGAUUCUCACACUGCAGAUGCACCAGCUCCAGUCAGCCAAGAAUAUUUGCCACCAGCUCCACAAAAACAAACUUAUUCGCCUCCAGCUGCAGCACCAAUUACUCAGCAGUCAUAUUCUGCACCUACUGAUGCUCCAACUCCAGUCAGCCAGCAGUAUCUACCUCCAGCUUCAGUUCAAACAUUCAGCGCUCAGUCUUUGCAAACUCCUGUUGAUCAUGAGUCGUAUUCGGCUCCAGCUACAGCUCCUAUCAGCCAACAAUCAUAUACGGCUCCUGCACCAGCGCAAUCUCCAGUUAGCCAGCAAUAUCUACCUCCAGCUCCAGUAAACAAAUCCAAUGCUGAGUCUGUGCCAGCUCCAGUUGCUCCUAUUAGUCAGAAAUCAUAUUCUGAACCUGCUGAAACUCCAGCUCCAAUUAGCCACCAGUAUCUACCUCCAGAUCCAGUAAACAAAUCCAAUGCUAAGCGUGUGCCAGCUCCAGUUGGUCAUCAGCCUAAUUCAGCUCCAGCCCCAGCUCCUAUCAGCCAACAAUCAUAUACGGCUCCUGCACCAGCGCAAUCUCCAGUUAGCCAGCAAUAUCUACCUCCAGCUCCAGUAAACAAAUCCAAUGCUGAGUCUGUGCAAGCUCCAGUUGGUCAUCAGUCUUUUUCGGCUCUAGCGCCAGCUCCUAUUAAUCAGAAAUCAUAUUCAGCUCCUGCACCGGCGCAAUCUCCAAUUAGCCAGCAAUAUCUACCUCCAGCUCAAUCACCGCAAACUCCAAUUAACCAUCAGUCUCAUUCGGUUUCGGCUCCGGCUCCUAUUAGCCAACAAUCAUAUUCAGCACCUGCGCCAGGCCCAACUCCAGUCAGCCUGAAAUAUGCUCCACAGUCUUAUUCUGCGCCAGUUCCACAAAGCCACUCAGUUAGCCAAGCGUAUUUGCCACCAACUUCAGCGCGUCAAAAUUAUGAAGUUCCUGAUACCGUUUCCGCCCCAAUUCAACACAGCAGCCAUUUAGAUUCAGCUGAUUUGAGUCAAACUGUGGUGCAAACCUCUUCAGGCUAUCAGUCGGGGAGUAAUGGCCAAAUACAAUCGUUCCAAAACGAAACUCCAGCGCCACAGCAGCACUCAUCUGUUCCAGCGGCUGUUGUUCAUACUGGCACAAGUUCUCAAGCCUCUUCAGCGGAAGGCAGACACCAACAAUCUGGCACAAUAUACGGCAGCAACGGUGGCUAUGUAUACGAAAAAAUAAAAUAG